CCUUGUUCUCCACCUUUUUCCUUUUGGUUCUGCUGAUGCUGCCCGGCUCUUGUCAGCUUCCGGCCAGCCCUCUCCUUGAGACCGAGCACCAUGCCUUCAAUUAAAUUGCAGAGUUCUGAUGGAGAGAUAUUUGAAGUUGAUGUUGAAAUUUCCAAACAAUCUGUGACUAUCAAGACCAUGUUAGAAGAUUUGGGAAUGGAUGAUGGAGGCGAUGAUGACCCAGUUGCUCUACCAAAUGUUAAUGCAGUAAUAUUAAAAAAGGUCAUUCAGUGGUGUGCCCACCACAAGGAUGACCCUCCUCCUCCUGAGGAUGAUGAGAACAAAGAAAAGCGAACAGAUGAUAUUCCUGUUUGGGACCAAGAAUUCUUCAAAGUUGACCAAGGAACACUAUUUGAACUAAUUCUGGCUGCAAACUAUUUAAACAUCAAAGGUUUGCUUGAUGUUACAUGCAAGACUGUUGCCAAUAUGAUCAAGGGGAAAACCCCUGAAGAGAUUCGCAAGACCUUCAAUAUAAAAAAAUGACUUUACUGAGGAAGAGGAAGCCCAGGUACGCAAAGAGAGCCAGUGGUGUGAAGAGAAGAGAAAAGCUGUGCCCGACACUGUAACACUGUAAGGAUUGUUCCAGAUACUAGUUGCACUGCUCUGUUUAUAAUUGUUAAUAUUAGGCAAACAGUAGACAAAUGCAGCAGCAAAUCAAUUGUAUUAACAGAAUAUUGUCUUCAUUGCAUGUGUAGUUUGGGUACAGAUUCCAAACCUAUGGCUGAGUUUCUUCCAGUAUGAUCAAAAUAUCUUUUCUUUGCUCUGAAUAAAACUGAAUUGUGGGUUCUCUAUAGAAAGUGGCAUUUUGGGCUUUCCCUCUUUUUGCAAAGCGAUUUCUGCCUAGUUUAUUGUCCAGUUAACUUUAGUUUAGUGACUUUUCAAAAGUUGGCAUUGUAAAUAAAACAACUUGCAAAAGUUU